UCACUUGUUUCCUAUUAUUGUCAAGGGGGAGCGGGAAAACGAGAGAAAAUGGAGAUGAGAGAAAGAGAGAACAAGAAAGCCUGAAUUCGAGAUCAAGGUCGUUGUCACAGAGGUAGUUCGAACGCGCGUCUCCUUUGUAUGUACGUACGUAUGCACGUAUACGUGCCUCUCGAUGCAGGUAUGCGUCUAUGAGCGUGUAUACACGGAAACUUUGCUUUUUCGGAGAAUACUAUACACGUAAUCGGUCGGUGCCAAAGCGGUGGUGUGCGCUGUGACGUAGGGGAUCAAUUUUACCGACCGAGCAGCCACGAGCGCGUAUAGAGGCGCGAGAGUUCGUGAAAGUGAUUAGAAGAAGACAGAGAGCGGCCUUGUAACGCGGUCAGGAUCGAAGUGCGAAGAUGUAGAGCCGUGGUUUCGUGUGCGUCACGGCGAUAGAGCACGAAAAGAGGAGGAAGGAUGGGCGGCGAAUGGGACUGAGAGACGCGGAUAUAUUAUGGGCUGAAGAGCAAGAAGGUCAGGAUGCUGAGCAGCUUGGCAAACUACUUACUCGGAGGUAAUAUCUCCGGCGCGCAAGAUUCACGGGAAAGGUCCAAUAACGAAAGCCCGGAGUCCCUUCCAGUAAUAGCGAGGCUCAGUCAGGUGGAGGUUGAGGGCGAAGACUGGAUCCUCAUUGACCGUGCUGUUGAGGGCGCGACGGCGCUGGAGGAGUCGUGGUAUGUAACGCCACCCGCAUGUUUCACACGGGCGGGCCCCGUGAACGUAGAAACAUCACCGCUAGAGGACCUGCUGAUAGAGCAUCCCAGUAUGUCCGUGUACCGAGCCACAGCGUCUCCGGUCGCCCCCGAAACCCCACCGCCCACGCCUGACGCGUCGGAGGACGUCGUCGUCGGGGAGGACGACGUUCUGCCCGACCUGGUCUCCAGCGCCCCGGACACCGCGGCAACCGUCGCUCCGCCGGAACGUAGCCCGAGGAGAAGCGAGGACGAGCGGCAAGCAACCCGCAGAAGACCGGCCAUCCACGAUGGGAGACCUGCCGUCGAUCGCGCCCGAACCGAGAAGAGGAUAGCCCAGCUUCGCUCGGCCUCGCAGAAAGUUUUCGAGAAGAGGUCUACCCAAGCGUUGAAGAGAGGCCGUCUGGAGAGGAGUAACAAACUGAGGGAGGUGUUCAGUGUAAAAGGCAAGCGGCCACGCCGCCAGGACCGCUUGCGUAUCCAGAACAGUGGCGCAAACAACAACCGGAAAUGCUAGUCAUUCGAUCUCAGGCCAAGGUGUACUCAAAUACUUUCUUCCCGGAGAGAAAAAAAAACGCGAUUUCUGGCGUUUUAAAAUUCAGCUCAGGCGAUUGAGAUUUAAGUGUUCAUCGAGCGUUACUUUCAGCCUACAUUCAGCAUAUAUAUAUAUAUAUAUGUAUCAAUUAUUAUGCCUAAUGUAUAAAACUGAAUAAUGAUAAACGUGAAAAGGCGAAUUGGAUAGCGAGAGGAAAGGUCAAGUCGAUAAAAAAGAAUGGACAAAGCGUGCAAAUAUUAAUUCGAAAAACGAAAGAAAGAGAAUAGAAAAAUAAUGGCGUCAUGGCGUCCUUCCUUAUCGUGUUUUAUACAUUUGCUCCUAUAUUUGCCUCUUCGAAAUUAUUGCCUCUCGAGGAUUGUUUUUCUCGAGAUAUUAUUACGAAGAAAGCGAACGAUAGAGUGAAACGAGAAUAAGGAAAAGAAAAACAAUUGUUUCUUCGACAAACUUGAUACUACGAGCUUGAUGCCUUCUGCUAAUCGAGAAGAAACGUCGUCUGAGGAAAGAAAGGAAAAAAAAAAAUAAAAUAAAAUAUACGAUACAAAAAAGGGAAGAAAGUAUUUGAAACGUAGCCGAUUGGUCCACGGUGAGAGAGAGUCUCGUUGUAGAAUAUCUCGUGUAUAAUGACGCGUGUAUGAUACUCGGUUGGAUCGUGUGUAUACUUUUUAGCCUCUAUUUAGUUAUGGGCAAAUGUGUUUUUACUCGUAUGUUUAACGUUUAGUUUCUAUUUAAGUUGUUUACAACCUGUCACUCAUGCGCCUAUGUAUAGCAGACAGGAUUUAUUAACGUAUAAUUUUUAGCGUAAUAACCCACCCUGAUUACCCCCUCUUCCCUCCGUUUCUUUCUUCCCUUCUUCGAAAGUCGCGGCAAGCGAGCCGCCAUUUUUGUUUCUUUCCACGGACCGGUCCACGUUCAAUUUGCGGCGGCAGUCGGUUUCGAAUGCUGAUUGAAAUGCCAGAAACACACAUUUUUUCGGGACCACGCUUUCUUUUUUUUUUUUUUUUUUUUUUUUUUAGGUUACGAUUAGUUCAUUAGCUGGACACUUUCAACCGUAGACUCGACCCGUUUAGAAAAUAAAAAAGAAAGAAAAAGGAAAAAAAAAAACGAUAAAAUUACACAACGGACGACGAGAUGGACGAACCACUAGCGUUAAUAGGUCACGUGCGAGCUCUCUGAGACAGCUCUGAAGACAGCUGAUAGUCGUAGAAAACGCCGGUUGGCGGCGUUACUGUACCGUUCUCGUCUCUCAUGGUGUCCUUCCGUCUGAAUAUCGCCACGAACCGUUAAGCAAUAAAAAGAAGAAAAAUCGCUAUCAAUCGGACACUGUAUUUAUUCAGCGGCACACAUGGUAUAUGGUACUGUCAACUGAAUAAUAUCGAUUGAAAAAAAACUUAUUAAACGUAACGUUUUAGAUGACGAAAAAAAAUAAAAAGACGUGUCUUGUGAAUGAACGAAGCGAUUGAAAGCGAAAAACAAACGGACAACAGAGUUCUUCUCUCUCGAGUUCUCCUCGAUUCGUUUUCACACGAAAAUCGUUAUAAAUCUAAUAUAAGAUAGAAGAAGACGAACGAAUCGAUCGAAGAGAAAGAGAGAUAGAGGCAGAGCUGCAACUAAGAUUCCAGCUGCAGAAUCAAUUUCCAAUAUAUAUAUACACAAUAUAUAUAUAUAUAUAUACAUAGAGCUGAUGCGCGUUAUAGCGCAUUUCAACAAGUAUUCGCUUCUCGUGGAUGAAUGAAAAAACAAAACAAAAAAAAAAAAGGAAAAAAAAAACCAAAAAAAAAAAAGAAAAGAAAAAAAAAAGGAAGAAAACAUAGUGCAAGCUGCCCUGGCCAAAUCGAGGCGGGGGGAAUUUUUUUCAUUCACACACUCGAUUGGUCGUCCACUCGAGCCUCAAUUGUUGAAGAUACUUGUACCUGGAUGACUGAUAACAUAGAAAGAAAUUUUUAAUCGAACAGUUUUUCUUCGAACUCCUCAGACUGCUCAGGGUAGACUGUUGACCUAGAAAAAAAAGAAAAAAAAGAAAAAAAAAAAAAAGAAGAAAAAAAAGAAAGAAAGGGAGAAAGAAUCAAUCGAUCGAUUAUAUAAUCCAAUUUCCAUCAGUUUUUAAGCACGGAGAAGCAGAUUUAAUUACAAUGGACGGGAUGAAACAGUCUGCAUUAUUCGAUGGUCGGCUUAUAUCGUUAUCAUCACGUUGACGAGAUUGAACCAGAGUUCACGUACAAGUGUCCUUAAGGCCGGACAGGUGGAGCAGGUCGGGAGUGAAGAGAUUUCGGGUGUCGGCCGAAUUGGACGACUUAUAAAUAGAAAAAUUUAUCAGGGCCGCGUGUUUGUGGACGAAGCGUGUUCGUGUUCAGGUAUUGGAAAAUUGUGCAAUACCUGUUUCCCUUAUCGUGAUAAUUAAUUAAUAAAACCCUUAACCUCCCUCAGAUGAUUUCUUCUAUGAAGAAACCAUCCACCACCAGGCGACACCCGGUCGUUCAAAACUCAGCCAGCAAUCAUCGUUUUGGAUGAAGAUGAUAAUAAAUUCAGAAAUCGUUGCUAGCCAACUCUCUAGGCAAGGACGCUUACCCUCCACUGCCUGGAAAUAGUUUCUCUCUCUCUCCUGAGAGCUGCUCCACCAGCAGCUGGUCCCUGAAGCUGGAUAUCGUCCAAGACAAAACUAGUAGCAAUAGAAUAACCUCGUCCAAUCAAACUAUUGGAUGAUAGUUGACAGACAGCUGUGAUUCAAACUGAAUUCGACUUCGGACGACCCUCUCCUCUCCGCAAGGAGAAUAGCUAACUAAAUCAAUGUUUCAAGCAGGAAACUUUUCUCCUCUGUGGUCCUAAAUUCGGGGAAUUUUUCUAUUUAAAGAAAAGAAGAGAAGAAGAGAAGAUGGAGAUAUUCAGAGAGAGAAAAAAAAAGUUAAAAAA